AGUCUCUUUAUUCCAUCUCAAGCACCCUGAGCACCCGGAGAGGUUGGUAGACACGGAGGAUAUUGGGAAUAUAACCGACAAACUGCGUAUUGUACGCGCAACCGCAGAGUACGGCAUGGGGGACCGUAAGGCUUUACUGCUGUUCAUGGUGGUGACCUCGACUCUGACCGUUGAGGUACCGACAGAUGGCUCGGUGGGCUUCCUGGCAGAGCCUCAGGUUGCCAUGUUCUGUGGCAAACUCAACAUGCACAUCAACGUGCAGAGCGGCAAAUGGGAGUCUGAUCCCACCAGCACCAAGAGUUGCAUCAGCUCCAAGGAGGGAAUCCUGCAGUACUGCCAGGAGGUCUACCCUGAGCUGCAGAUCACCAAUGUAGUGGAGGCCAACCAGCCAGUCAGCAUCCAAAAUUGGUGCAAGAAGGGCCGCAAGCAGUGCCUCAGUCACAUGCACAUAGUCGUGCCCUACCGCUGCCUGGUAGGGGAGUUUGUGAGUGAUGCUCUGCUCGUCCCUGAUAAGUGCAAGUUCCUGCACCAGGAGCGCAUGGACAUGUGUGAGAGCCACCUGCACUGGCACACAGUGGCCAAAGAGUCCUGCGGAGACCACUCCAUGAAUCUCCAUGACUAUGGGAUGCUGUUGCCCUGUGGCAUUGACCGUUUCCGGGGUGUAGAGUUUGUGUGCUGCCCUGCAGAGAUGGAGCGAGAGUCCGACAGCACAGAGCUUGAGGAAGAUGACUCUGAUGUGUGGUGGGGCGGCCCUGAGACUGACGACACCGACAACAGCAUGCCACCAGAUUCUGGGCCUGCAGAGAAGGAGGAGUUGGGCCCUGCCGUGGGAGAAGAUGACAAGGAUGUAGAGGAGGACACCCUGGACAAUGAUGAAGAUGGCGACGGAGAGGAUGACGAUGAAGAGGACGAUGAUGCAACUGACGAACACGAGGCUGGGGAGCGCACCACCAAUGUCGCCAUGACGACUACCACCACCACAACCACUGAAUCCGUGGAGGAGGUGGUCAGAGAGGUGUGUUGGGAGAGCGCGGAGACUGGGCCAUGCCGCGCCAUGCUGCCGCGCUGGUACUUUAACCACCGGGAGGGCCGCUGUGCCCCCUUCAUCUACGGCGGCUGCGGGGGCAACCACAAUAACUUUGAGUCUGAGGAGUACUGCUUGUCAGUCUGCAGCAGUGUGCUGCCCAUGACCACUCCCAGUCCACCGGAUGCAGUGGAUUGCUACUUGGAGACUCCUGGGGAAGAGAAGGAGCACACCUACUUCCAGAAGGCCAAGGAGAGCCUGGAGGCCAAGCACAGGGAGCGGAUGUCACAGGUCAUGCGGCAGUGGGAGGAGGCAGAAAGACUGGCUAAGAGCCUGCCCCGUGCCGACAAGAAAGCCGUCAUCCAGCAUUUCCAGGAAAAGGUGGAGGCCCUGGAGCAGGAGGCUGCAAACGAGAGACAGCAGCUGGUGGAGACGCACAUGGCACGGGUGGAGGCCCUGAUGAAUGACCGCCGCCGCCUGGCACUGGAGAAUUACCUGACUGCCCUGCAGGCGGACUCCACCAGGCCCCGUCAUGUGUUCAGCCUACUGAGGAAGUAUGUUCGUGCGGAGCAAAAGGACAGACAGCACACGCUCAAACACUUUGAGCACGUCCGCAUGGUGGACCCCAAGAAGGCAGCCCAGAUCCGGCCCCAGGUACUGACCCACCUGCGAGUGAUCGAGGAGAGGAUGAACCAGUCUCUCAGGCUGCUCUACAAGGUCCCCAGCCUCGCCGACCAGAUCCAGGAUAAUGUGGAGGAGCUGCUACAGAAGGAGCAAGCAGAGAUGUCCCAGCAGAUCUCCUCUCUGCAGAGCGAGGGGAGGAUCAGCUACGGAAAUGAUGCCCUGAUGCCAGACCUGCCCGACAGCACUGCUGUGCUGGACCUGCUGCCCCCCGAGGAGGCAGAACUGGGAAUGAACGGACUGGGAUUCAUCCACCCCGAGAGUUUCAGGCAGGCCAACACACAGAACCACGUUGAACCGGUAGAUGUGCGCCCUGCCCAUGACAGAGGACUUCCAACACGACCAGGUUCUGGUCUGAAGCCUGAAGGGGUUCCUGAGCUGAGGAUGGAUGCAGAAGAGAGGCACAGUGCUGGCUAUGAAGUACACCAUCAGAAACUGGUGUUCUUUGCCGAGGAUGUGGGCUCCAACAAGGGCGCCAUUAUUGGGCUGAUGGUGGGCGGGGUCGUCAUAGCGACUGUCAUCGUCAUUACCCUGGUUAUGCUGAGGAAGAAACAGAACACGUCCAUUCAUCAUGGAGUGAUAGAGGUGGACGCAGCAGUGACCCCAGAGGAGCGUCACCUUUCCAAGAUGCAGCAGAAUGGCUAUGAGAACCCCACCUACAAGUUCUUUGAGCAGAUGCAGAACUGACGGCCUGCCAAUCUACGCCAACCUGUACCCCACCUGCUCCACACCUACGCCUCCCACCCCCACUCAGCUCCUCCCACCAGUCCCCUCUUAUUCUCACUUCCUCAGUGUGAGUGCUGUGUACCAGACAGUGUGGGCAGGACCAACACACCAAAUGCCCUGUCACUCACUUCAUCACCAUACCGGUGAGCACAGUCUCUGGCAGCAGCCUCCAGUGACAGUAGAUGUAUGGUUUCUGCGUGGUUGUCUAAUUUCAUAUCAGUUGUGAUGAAUCCGGCCUCCCUCCAUCAUCACAGUAGAGAUGGAGCUUCUUCGGUGGGUCAUUAAAAAUGUGGCAGUGACACCCCACCAUGUGUGUUUGUCCCCCACACUGUCCCGCUUCACCUCACACUACUGUAUUUGCAUAAACCAGGGCUGUGUGUGUGUGUUUUCUGUGUACUUGGAUGACAGCUGUGCUGUGUGUGACCA